AUGACCCUAGAAAUCGAUAUCAGAGCAGCCUCAGUGUACUCAGGAGUGUUCACACAGAUCUUUAGAGAGGAGAGAGGCCUGUACCAGGACAAGGUGUUCUGCUUCAUCCAUUUGAGUGUUCAGGAGUUUCUGGCUGCUCUUCAUGUCCACCUGACCUUCAUCAACUCUGGACUCAACCUCAUGGAGGAAGAACAACAGAAAAAGUCUUGGUUUUCUAAAUUUUUUGAAAGCAGUCCAGUCCAGUUCUACCAGAGUGCUGUGAAUACGGCCUUACAGAGUCCAAACGGACACCUGGACUUGUUCCUCCGCUUCCUCCUGGGUCUUUCACUGCAGACCAAUCAGAGUCUCCUACGAGGUCUGAUGACUCAGACAGGAAGUAGCUCACAGACCAAUCAGGAAACAGUCCAGUUCAUCAAGGAGAAGAUCAGUGAGGAUCUGUCUGCAGAGAAAAGCAUCAACCUGUUCCACUGUCUGAAUGAACUGAAUGAUGGUUCUCUAGUGGAGGAGAUCCAACAGUUCCUGAGGUCAGGACGUCUCUCCACAGAUGAACUGUCUCCUGCUCAGUGGUCUGCUCUGGUCUUCAUCUUACUGUCAUCAGAAGAAGAUCUGGAAGUGUUUGACCUGCAGAAAUACUCUCGUUCAGAGGAGGCUCUUCUGAGGCUGCUGCCAGUGAUCAAAGCCUCCAACAAAAGAAAGUGUCAGAUAGAUGACAACAUUGUCACUUUUGUGAAGAAGGAGCUGAAGAAGAUCCAGAAGCUUCUGAGUCAGAGGGAGGAUGAGGAGGAGGAUGAAGAUGAAGAGCAGAGGAGCAGCAGAGAGUCACUGAUGAAGAUCACAGAGAACUUCCUGAGGAGAAUGAAGCAGGAGGAGCUGGCUGAUCGACUGCAGAGCAGUAAGAGGAUUUCUCUGAAGAAGAAGUUCCAGUGUGUGUUUGAGGGAAUCACUAAAGCAGGAAACCCAACCCUUCUGAAUGAGAUCUACACAGAGCUCUACAUCACAGAGGGAGGAACUGGAGAGCUGAAUGAAGAACAUGAGGUCAGACAGAUUGAAGCAGCAUCCAGGAAAGCAGACAGAGCAGAAACCAGCAUCAGACAAGAAGAGCUCUUUCAACUCCCAGCUGGAAGACAAGAACCAAUCAGAACCGUGAUGACAAAGGGAGUGGCUGGCAUCGGGAAAACAGUCUUAACACAGAAGUUCACUCUGGACUGGGCUGAAGGCAAAGCCAACCAGAACAUCCACUUCACAUUUCCAUUCACUUUCAGAGAGCUGAAUGUGCUGAAAGAGGAGAAGUUCAGCUUGGUGGAACUUGUUCAUCACUUCUUCCCUGAAACCAAAGAAGCAGGAAUCUGCAGCUUUGAAGACUUCCAGGUCAUCUUCAUCUUUGAUGGUCUGGAUGAGUGUCGACUUCCUCUGGACUUCCACAAGACUCGGAUCCUAAAUGACCCUAGAAAGUCCACCUCAGUGGGUGAUCUGCUGACAAACCUCAUCAGGGGGAACCUGCUUCCCUCUGCUCGCCUCUGGAUAACCACACGACCUGCAGCAGCCAAUCAGAUCCCUCCUGGAUAUGUUGACAUGGUGACAGAGGUCAGAGGGUUCAAUGAUCCACAGAAGGAGGAGUACUUCAGGAAGAGAUUCAGAGAUGAAGAGCAGGCCAGCAGGAUCAUCUCCCACAUCAAGAGAUCCCGAAGCCUCCACAUCAUGUGCCACAUCCCAGUCUUCUGCUGGAUCACUGCUACAGUUCUGGAGGAUCUGCUGAAGAGCAGAGAGGGAGGAGAGCUGCCCAAGAGCCUGACUGAGAUGUACAUCCACUUCCUGGUGGUUCAGGCCAAAGUCAAGAAGGUCAAGUAUGAUGGAGGAGCUGAGACAGAUCCUCACUGGAGUCCAGAGAGCAGGAAGAUGAUGGAGUCUCUGGGAAAACUGGCUUUUGAGCAGCUGCAGAAAGGAAACCUGAUCUUCUAUGAAUCCGACCUGACAGAGUGUGGCAUCGAUAUCAGAGCAGCCUCAGUGUACUCAGGAGUGUUCACACAGAUCUUUAGAGAGGAGAGAGGCCUGUACCAGGACAAGGUGUUCUGCUUCAUCCAUCUGAGUGUUCAGGAGUUUCUGGCUGCUCUUCAUGUCCACCUGACCUUCGUCAACUCUGGACUCAACAUUAUGAAACAUAAGAGAGAUUCCAAGAUCUUUAAACUGAAACAAAGCAGUCCAGUUCAGUUCUAUCAGAGUGCUGUGAAUACGGCCUUACAGAGUCCAAAUGGACACCUGGACUUGUUCCUCCGCUUCCUCCUGGGUCUUUCACUGGAGACCAAUCAGAGUCUCCUACGAGGUCUGAUGACUCAAACAGGAAGUAGCUCACAGACCAAUCAGGAAACAGUCCAGUUCAUCAAGAAGAAGAUCAGUAAGAAUCUGUCUGCAGAGAAAAGCAUCAACCUGUUCCACUGUCUGAAUGAACUGAAUGAUGGUUCUCUAGUGGAGGAGAUCCAACAGUUCCUGAGUUCAGGACGUUUCUCCACAGAUAAACUGUCUCCUGCUCAGUGGUCUGCUCUGGUCUUCAUCUUACUGUCAUCAGAAGAAGAUCUGGAAGAGUUUGACCUGCAGAAAUACUCUCGUUCAGAGGAGGCUCUUCUGAGGCUGCUGCCAGUGAUCAAAGCCUCCAACAAAGCUCUGUAA